AUGCCUCGCAAAAAGAACGCAACACCCGAGGCGAAGCCACAGAAAAAGACGGUGGCCUUUAACGGAAAUACAGCCAACGAGCCAUCUUCUAGCAAGAAGACAAAUGGAACGCUAAAAUAUUCUCCAUCUCAAAGCACCCUAAACCGUUUGGAACGCGAAAAAAUCGUGUUAUGGCGGGACCCAUUGCGAACAAUUUUCUACGCGCUAUGUGAAGCUGUCCACUUGGUAUUUCAAUUUCUUAAGGCAUUGGCGCAGCAGAAAAUGUUGCUUUUCCUGUUGUCAGUGGCUACGGCGUCUGCGUACUACUUCUAUUUAACACCCGGUGCUCAUCAGCCAUAUGUGCAAUAUGCGGAGAAAAAGAUUUUAUGGUGGUUGUGGUGGGUAGGACUCGGUGUGCUUUCCUCGAUUGGAUUUGGCUCCGGACUGCAUACAUUCUUGCUAUAUUUGGGGCCACAUAUCGCUGCGGUGACGCUUGCGGCUUAUGAGUGCCAAAGUGUCAAUUUCCCGGAACCACCGUAUCCAGACAGCAUUGUCUGCCCGGAGCAAAAAGGGAAUAAUAUAAUUACGUUGUGGACGAUUAUUUCCAAGGUUCGAGUGGAAGCAUUACUCUGGGGUGCUGGCACCGCUCUGGGUGAACUUCCACCAUAUUUCAUGGCCCGUGCAGCAAGAUUGGGCGGCGAAGAACCCGACGACGAAGAAUACAAGGAAUUUAUGGAGCUGAUGAACAAGGAUAAGGUCAAGGGAGAAAUGUCCUGGAGCGAACGAGCUAAGAAAUGGGUUGAGUUGACGGUGGCUCGGGUCGGAUUCCCUGGGAUUCUGAUUUUUGCGUCAAUUCCGAACCCGCUUUUCGAUUUGGCCGGGAUCACUUGUGGACAUUUCCUCGUGCCUUUCUGGUCGUUCUUUGGUGCCACCCUGAUAGGAAAGGCUUUGGUGAAGAUGCAUGUACAGAUGCUUUUUGUCGUGAUUGCCUUCUCCGAGCAUCAUGUUGAUCAUUUGUUGCAGCUUGCCGCGAAAAUUCCUAAAAUUGGCGUUCAGUUACGAGAACCGUUCAAGGACUUUCUGGCAAAACAGCGGUCAGCACUUCAUCAAAACCCCGAUGCCCCUCAUGAACCUAAGGCAAGCUGGCUGCAAGACUGCUUGGGCUUGAUCGUGACGGGAAUGAUUCUGAUCAGUGCCGUCUUAUGUUCCGUGCUUUUUGGUACGGCACUAUGUGCACCAGCAGAAAAAGCGAAAGCGGAAAGACAGGUCAAGAAAACUUCGGCCGAACGUGUAGCCGACACUGUCGCAUCAAUGGUACUCGAAGAUGAUGCCGAAGAUCUCGCAGAACUGAAGCGAGCCUACAAGAACGUUGUGGCGAAGAACCCCGCCGCAUUCUCCGGAGGUUAUGGAGGCUUCGGUCGAUUUGGCGGACCGAUGGGCGGUUUCCAAGGAGGAUAUGGACAAGGACCAAUGGGAGGAGGAUACGGUGGAGGCGGAUAUGGAGGAGGAGGAGGUGGAGAUAUGGGAGGCGGUUAUGGAGGAGGCGGCGGUGGUUAUGGAGGUGGCCCAGACUUUGGUGGAUAUGGGGGAGGCGGUAAUGGAGGAUACGGCGGCGGUAUGGGCGGCGGUGGCGGAGAUGGAUACGGUGGUGGGAUGGGCGGAGGCGGAUACGGUGGAGGCGGCGAUGGUGGAUACGGCGGAGGUGAGCAUCCGGUCCAACAAGUCUGGGAAAAUGACGUU